AUGUCGCAGUUCUCUACCAUGACGACCAACGAGCGGAAGAUGCAAGCUGCAGCCAUCUGUAGGGAGAUACAGGGUGGUAAGGAUGCAGAGAUGGACUUGGGGAAGAAGAUGAGUGUCCCUAAGGAUGUGAUGCUGGAGGAGCUGUCUCUGGCAUCCAACAGGGGCUCCCUCCUCUUCGAAAACCGCAAGAAGCGCUCCGAAAAAUACACCUUCGAAAGCAUCCAGAAUGUAACCAACACACAGAUCAAUGUAAGCAACACAAACCCCUUGCAUGUACACGCUUGA